CCCCGCGCAAAGCCGCUAAGGGGGCGGGGCGGAUGGCGAGGCCGAGCGAGUGGGAACUGAAAGUGGAAGCGAAGCGCGAGGCGGCCCGGGCAGGUCCAGGUUUGACAACAUGAUAGAUCCAAAUGAGGAAUCUUUCAUCCAUCGAGCUGAUGAGAGCAUCUUCACAAGUGGAUCUCAGGAGAAAAUGACAGAACAAACCUCGUGGGAAAUUAGGAAGUGCCAGAGAGCGGUUCAGUCGGAGAUGGAGAAGAAUGCUCAGUUGAUAGAAGAAAUACAGGCUCUGGAAACUGAAUUGAAACAGCUGGAAAGGUUCCAGAUUUCCAAAGAAAACUUUCACAAGAUGUCAGCCCCUGAAAGAGCGAUGGUGUUUAAAGGACAUGUGAAAGAGGAGAAAGAGGAUAUACUGACAGUCGUUCCACAGAUCCAGUGCCCUAUAACUGGAGGAUCAGCUCUCAUCACUUUUGAAAGUCCUGAGGUUGCCCACAGGAUCACUGGGGCAGGGCAGCAUCGAGUUCAGCUGGAUGACUGGAGCUACGUGCAUGUGAAGGCAGAGCCUCUGGAAUUGCUCUUGCCCUCGUCUGUGGAGUUCUCUUUGGAAGAGAGUCCCCGACGAGUCCUCCUGUCUGGAUUGCCAGUCCUGCCUUUGCCCAGGGAGCAGCUGCUUGACAAGCUAGAGCUGUUUUUCAGCAAACGGCAUAACAUGGGUGGUGAGGUGGAGCGUGUGGAGUGGCUGAAUAGUUCAAACCAUGUGGCACUAACUUUUGUGGACAAUGGAGUGGUUGAGCGGCUUGUCAAGAGGAGCCUGUUCAAGGUGCCCUUCGGAAAGGAGAUUCAUGAGGUCAAAGUGUCAAAAUACAUAGACGGGGAAAUCACACAGCUUCAGUUCCAUCCUUCAGUCUGUGCUCGGACUGUCCUACUAUCAGGGAUUCCAGAUGUUUUGGAUGAGGAGUUGAUGCAUGACGCACUGGAAAUUCAUUUCCAGAAGCCCAGCAAGGGUGGGGGAGAAGUGGAAUCCAUUGUUUAUAUCCCAGCUGGACGUUGUGCAGUAGCUGUUUUUGAGGCUGAAGAGGACUGAGUAGUUCCAGCAAUGGAGAAAAUGCUUCCUCAUUCAUUAGCAAGGAGUGGUUAAAAUACACUGUGGAAGACAACUGAGAAAAAUGCAAUCUUUGAAGUUCUGCAGAAUGGAAGGAGGACACUUGAAAAGCUGGAAUUAUGGAACAAUGCAAGAAGAGUGCUAAUAGGCAAAUAUCAGUGAAGUGUAAAAAAUGAAACAUUUCCUUGAGGAGCAGAUGGCAGAAUGGGGACUUUGCGCUUGAACCUUGUGUGAUAAAGGCUCUCUAUCUGCCUUUCUUCCCUUAAUAUUAGAACCCCUAUUUCUUAUAGGGGUUUCUUCAUUCAUGUUUUCUCCUGCUUUGCUGUUCCUUUUGGUAAUCCCAUUACUUGGCAGUAAGAAGAUUCUGGCUCCCUAGUAUUUGUCUUUCAUGCCUAAGGGAGACAAACAUCUCAGAAAAGCAGAAGCAAAAUAAAAGAGAAUGGCAGAAUUAUAUUGUUGCUGUUCAAAAUUAA